GUGCUGAGCUCCCCUGGGAAUGGAGAUGCCCUGGGAGGACAAGGCUGGAAACACUGAGGGAGCUCCUGUUCCCCAGCUGGGACUGAGCCCAGACAUUGGCAGUGCCCAGUGCUGACACUCYACCCUGGGCUGCACCAGGACAAAGAGUGGCGUGCCAUGGCAGCCACAGUGGACCAGUGACCAGCAGGGUGGCUGGCUACAUCCUACAGCUGAGGGUUGCAACAAGUGUUGUUGCAAGAAGAAAUGAUGAUGAGGCGAUGGGGACAAACCACAUAUAGGGGCUGGUUGUGUGGUGUGGCCAUGGUGGCGGCUGUAGGARCCCUGCUCACAGCCCUCGGGCAGCACUGAGGAUUUGCAGGGGGUCCAGUUGGCUGCCAGCACUCCUGUGUGCUCACCCAGCUCCUGCCAUGGUGCCCUCCCACSCCAGGAGCUGCUGAUGGGCAUUGUGUGGUCACACUGGAACCUGUGUGGGAUUUGCCCCAGGAUGAGUUGUGUGGCCAGGUUGCACUGUCACCUGUCACAGACAGACGGAACCAGCGUGAGUAGGUUAAACAUGCUAAAACCCAGGAACGGGCAGAAGGGGCAGGGAGAAAAGCCUGCCYUUCACCAGGAUCAGUGUGGACGCUGCUGCCAGGCUAAAUAUAGCCCCCAGCCCCUCGAGGAAAUCCUGCUGAAUUAUGGAUGAGGCUGUAAUAAGCCCCUGCUCAUCAAUAGGAUGGAAACUUAGCCAGGCAGGAGAGCAGUACCCAUGGGAUGCAAGAGAGCACGGSCAGGUUGGCAGGGACUGGUUGGGGACACAGACACCCGUGGCCUUGUGUCCCCCCCGGGGGCAGCAGUGGCUUGGUGGCUGCCCGUGCUGCCCCUGCUCCUCCUCYGCAGGGCCCAGCCACUGGAAGGAGCUGAAAGCCACGUGCGGUGGUGACAAGCAGUCCCCCGUGAACAUCGACAGGCGCCGGCUGCAGCGGGAUGGUGGCCUCGGGGACAUCCUCUUCGAGGGUUACGACCAGGCUCCCCCYGGCAAGUGGAGGCUGACAAACAACGGGCACACAGUGAUGCUGAACCUGGCAAGUGAGUCGGCCUCUGAGCACAUCACCAUCAGUGGUGGGGGCCUCCCCGGCAGGUACCGCGCGAUCCAGCUCCACUUCCACUGGGGCAGCCUGGCUGGGAAUGGUUCUGAGCACACCCUCGAUGGGCGUCAGCUCCCCAUGGAGAUGCACAUCGUCCACAUGAAUGUCAAGUACCAGACACUGGCAGAGGCCAAGGGGCAUCCCAGUGGRCUCGCUGUCCUCGGCUUCUUCUUCCAGGUCUCUGAGACCCCUAACACCAACUACAACACCAUCGUGGCAGGRCUGAGGAACGUCUCCCGUGCUGGGGACUCUGUGGAUUUGGCCUCCACCUUCCGCCUGAGCACUCUGCUGCCCCGUGCCGGGCUCUCUGGCUACUACCGCUACCAGGGCUCCCUCACCACCCCCGACUGCAGCGAGGCCGUGGUCUGGACUGUGUUCGAGGAGCCAGUGGAGAUUGGCCGGGAGCAGCUGAAGGCAUUCAUCAGCACCCUCCACUUCCCACUCGAGGGAUCCACGCUCAUAAAAAUGAUCAACAACUUCCGCCCGCCGCAGCCCCUCCGCAGCMGGAAGAUCUUUGCCUCUCGGGGGGCCACAGCCAGUGGUGGAUCCCUGCAUGAGGGCUGCCACCAUCUCCUCUGGCCCCUGCUCCUCCUGGCCCUGCUCAGCCUCUUCUUGCCAGCCCCGUAAGGCCUGGCUGUGCUGCAGUGCAGACAGAGGCAGUGCAUCUUGUUCAUGGGAAAUGGGAAACAACAAAAAAAAAGCACAUCGAAACCUUGGCUGGACGAAGAUUUUUUGAACCUGGGUCUCUGCAGAGGAGGAUAUCUGCACGCCUGGAGCUGUCCUGGGAUGCCCCUGUAGCUGGGUGGGGAGAGCUGCUGGGAGGGGGAUGCUGUAGGGGCUGGAAUAAAGCCAAGG